GGAAGAAGAGGACGGAGGAGGAUGGAGGCGUGACGUCGCUGCCCGCAGAGCGAGGCCCGUGCGGCGGGAGGAGACACACGCAGACGCAAACGCUCCGUGCGCGGGGGGACGGGGAGCCGAGAGGACCGCCGAGCGAGACGCAGGACGUCGGAGCAAACUAAGGGCGAAGAAGACAACGACCCCGCAGACAGACGUAAUGCGGCAGCGACCCCGGAGCUGAUGUGACUGUGCACAAAAGCGGAGCAGGGAGGGAAGCGGCGGACGGCGGCACCAGCGGGGCGGUCGGUCGGUCGGUCGGUCGGCCGGUCGGUCGGCGGGGACAUGUCCUCGCUCGCCGCGGACGAGGACCAGCAAUGGUCGCCGUCGCACGUGCAGGUGACGGUGCUGCGCGGCCGGGGCUUGCGCGGCAAGGGCAAGCACGGCACCAGCGACGUGUACACCAUCAUCCAGCUGGCCAGGGAGAAGUACUCGACGCGCGUGGCGGAGAAGACCACGGAGCCCGAGUGGAGGGAGGAGUGCUCCUUCGAGCUGCAGCCCGGCGCGCUGCGGCGGAGGAGCGGCGGCGGCGGCGGCGCGGCGGCCGGCGAGCUGGUGCUCACCGUCAUGCACCGGGCGCUCAUCGGGCUGGACGUGUUCCUCGGGCAGGCGGUGGUGCCGCUGGACGAGGUGUUCCACGAGAGCCGAUGCGCGAAGAACCAGUGGUACAGACUCAACUCCAAAACGGGGAAGAAGGAGAAGGAACGAGGAGACAUUCAAGUCACCAUCCAGUUCACCCGAAACAACCUGACAGCCAGCAUGUACGACCUGGUCAUGAAGGACAAGGGCGCCUCCACCUUCAGCAAGCUGAAAGAACGCAUGAGGGGGAAGAGGCGAUCCAUCGACGACGACUCCUCGCCGGCCAACCUGCCGGGUGGAUCUCUGACUCAGGUGCGGCAGCGGCUGCCGAGCGAUGGAGGCGGGGAGGAGGACUACGAGGAUGACGAGGGGGGCGAGGCCCGGCGGAGCAAGAUGAGGACCUUCUUCCUGAGAGGGAAGCUGAGGAAGUCGUCAGACACUCGCUCCAGCACAUCGCUGGGCUCGGAGAGCAGCGAGUCGUCGUCGCGGGGCGGCAGCCUCAGUCCCACGGCCGGCAUCAGUGUGGUGGUGUCUGACCUCUCCAACUCGCCCAGUAACAGCAGCAACCUGACGGCAGACAACAGCCCAGAGCACACAGCAACCACGUCGCCCUCUCUCAAAUGUGACUUUGGUGACGAGGUCGGCGAGAUCACCAUAGCAGUGCCUCAGCCCACUGUGUGCGUUAACGGAAGCCAUGCUUACAGAGUCCAGCCCCUGGACCCAGGCUCAGGAAAACCUGUGGAUUCUUUAGGUCUGGGCCUGUUGCAGAAGUCUUUGCCUCUGUCCGUGUCCCUACAGAGCCUCAGCCCGCGUGCCUCCGCCACGGACCCCCAGAAAGGUCCCGCAGGAGACGGGCGCCGCUGGUCCUUUGACAAACCCGGCGAGGAGGAAAAGGCGGCCAUCGCGGCGGCUUUGGAGCAAGGCGGCCCCAUGCAGGGUGAAGAUGAGGAGCGUUUGGGAACGGCGGAAUCGGAAAGCCACGGGAAGAAGCAGAAGAGGAACUUGUUCUCCCAUGGGAGGAGUGAGUCGCCUGGGACAGGGCCGAGUCCGUCCAAGGACGGGUCGGAGGAGGAGGAGAAACACAAGGGAUGGUUCGGAUCAAAGGACUCAAACAGCAAACCAAGCUCGGUGGUGUCACCUAAACUAGAGUCCAGAUCCCGCCCCCACCCAUCUCCUCCUCUCCCUUCCAGUAACCACCCUCCGGGUGCCCCUGUAGAUCUGGCCCCUCUGGUUUCUCCACUGCAUCACACUAACCCCUUCUGCCAUUCACAGACCACGUCACCUCCCAUAUCCCCCUGCAACCCUUUCUUCUCUGUCCUCCAGCACAACCCUUUCUUUGAGGACACGCCAAACACUCGCACGCCCGCAAAACCUUCAUUGCCUCCUUUGCCCUAUCUCUCCAGUGCCAGGCCGCCCAUAUCUCAGCUCUUUCCGCAGACGAGUAACCUUAACAACACUCUGACCCUCAGCGACCCAACCGCGGAGGAAGACUCCAUCUUUGGCACAGGUGCAAAGGGUGACCCGAUGGCCAAAAUUCCUGCGGCUCCCACGGAAGGGGAGAAGUCGGCCAACCCUUUCAUGUCCGCUGGGGAGCUGGAACCAGAUUCAGAGUGGGACGAAUCCUUUGAAGCAUUUGCCGCUGGCAGGCUGCAGUCUCCCGAGGAUCCGACCACAGAUUGCGAAACACAGCAAAACACACCCAGUGACCGUCCGCUGGAAAACUGCGAUGAUAAAGGAGCAUCAGUCCCCAUAACAGAUCCAGAUCAGAACACAAAUAUGGAUGACGCACUACUUCAUCAACCUUGGAGAGAAGUCAUAUCCGAAGCUCAUGAAGCGACCAGCCAGGUGACCAACACGGACGCAUUUGCACAAUUCCUUGAAACAAUCCCAGAGCAGAUGAGCUUGGAGAGCGACAACAUAACUUUAAACACUUCGGCUGACUCAGCAACGCUUGAUGCUUGCACUGAAACUAAUCAAGCUAACAGUACUACUAAGGCAAAUGAUUCGUCCAGCACUAAUAUGCUCCACGGCCCCUCUCACGCUUCAUCUGUACAGCUCAACAGCAGCUCCCCGGAUCCUGGCUCGUCGGGUAUUGGCAGUUCAGCAGAAGAGGAUUUCCUCUCCUGUCUUUCUUCUUAUUCAGAUAAAUUUUCUGCGUCGUCCUGCGAGGAAGCUGAGGCGCGGUUCUUUGAAAGCAACAUCCAGGGCUUUGAACAAUCCUUUGAGCCCGCCGUGGCUAAAAGUCCGAAGCCCUCAGACUCUGAAGAAGACUUCACCGACAGGUCGAAUGAUCGGACUGUAUUCGAUGUACCCCAGCAGGGUAGUGAUGAAAGGGUCGGUUCGAAAGAUUCAAGGGCACCACAGUCCCCAGUGCUAACACCUGAGGAGCUCGUGAUCACUGCAAGAGAAACGGAAACCGAAGGUGCAGAUGCUCAGACGCUAAACAUUCCUAAUGUCCCUGACUUGUUGCCGAAACCCUCUGAACUACAACUGAAAUCCGGUGUCUGUUCACAGUCAGACGAUGAAAGUGGAGGGAAAGGCAUAGAUGAAAUCAACAGCUCUCUUGUGGAUUUUUCCAAGGAGUUCGUUGACGGCUCUGUCAACAACGGUGCAGAUGUGAGAAUUCUUGCGACUCCAGAUGACGUCUUCUCCUCCACACUCCCGUCGCUGUACAUCCGAACCUCCUCCCCCGAUGUGAUGCAGAGCUCUUGGGACUCAUCCUUUGGGAACACUAAUGUACGAGGGCAGGGUGCUAGCCAGUGUUCUCCAGUGCCAUUUGGAGCUUUUUGUGAAGCCAGUCCUGGCCAAGACUUCGACAACACACUACUGCACACUCGGGUGUCUGAUCUGAGCUCCAGCAGCUUUCUCCAAAGCCUUUAUGUCAGCAGCGACUCGCAGGAUUACCAAACUUGUGCGUCUCACCAGUCAUCCGAUGCCUCCAGCGUCUCGGAGCCCGACAAGACGCAACGCUCGGCGAACUCAACGCUCUGCGGCGAGCCGAGCGACAUUCAGACGACUGCCGAUGCUGCGUUGGGCCUAGAGGAUUCCCCCAGCGCAUCCACGUCACCCAUAAGAGAAACUACCCAAACUGACAGAUUUGAAGAAUACUGUUGCGCAGCAGCUGAUGACAAUACAGCAACUAUCGAGACACAAUUCAUGAUAGGGGGUGAUUUUGGUCUACAUGUACUUCCCGCAGCACCAGCAGACUCUGAAAAGAGCUGCGAUCCAAAGUGGCUCGGUGAAGGAGGUGUGGAAGGUCCGCAUGUCGUCUUAGAUGACGGGUUCUCAAAAGGCCCUGAGGCGCGGUCUGCUGCGCUACACCGCUCACAGUCUGAGGGCACACUGACUCCGGCCUUUGACGAACUCCUCCUGCCCUCCUUUGGGAGUGAUCCCGGUGCAACACAGGGGUCCUCCUCGGCCCAGCCAGACCCCGCUCUCGCCUGCCUCACCUCCUUUGCUCCUUCUCUAACUCCUCGUAGCUUCCCCGUAGCGCUCUGUUCCUUCCCUCCCCUUGCCAACGCUUUUGCGAGGUCGCCACCCAGCGCGGCACGAGCCGCUGCGCCGCAGCCUCGGGAGACGCAGCCGCCGCCGCCGCCGCCGCAGCAGCAGGCAGCCAGUCAGCAGAGCAGUCCCCACCCGGUGAAGCCCCUGACCACUGCCCUGCAGGCGGAGGAGAAGCGGACCGAGGGCCGGUCAGUGCUGGCCACCGGCUUGGAGAAGCUCAAGUCCACCAUCCACCCGGGGAGGAGCAGCCAGAUCAGCGAGCAGGCGACGGACCGCAGGAAGUCUCUGACGGAGGGCGCGGGCUCGUACUACCACCUGACCCACAGCGAGCUGGUCGCCCUGUUGGUGCAGCGGGAGGCGGACCUGGAGCGGCGGAAGGCGGAGUUUGAGCGUCAGAGGGUGCUGCUGGCCAAGCGGGAGGUGGAGCUGAGGCGGCUGAAGCCGCAGGUCAAAGAUCUGGAGGACUACAUUGACACGCUGCUGGUGCGCAUCAUGGAGCAGAAGCCCACGCUGCUGCAAGUGCGCUCCAAGUUCAAGUGACGAAGAGAGGGAGGGGGUUUGCAGUUCAAUCCUCAUCUGUUCACUCUAACCUCCACCACGGCUCUUUAGUCUUCUCACUUGCUAUGCUGUCCUUUUUGAUACGAAAAUUUAGGCACCGAGAUGUUUUUUCCAGCCGGCGUGCUUUACUGUGCUGAAACGCAUUCUCGUCCAAAAGAAAAGGAAAGGUUUGGUUGGGGGCGGUUCUUUGAAUGUAGCGGGUCCUCAGGUUGUUUUCAGGUUCAUUCAGCCAGUUGGUUUUCAGCCCAGUUGGGGUCUAAAGCCCAGGUUCUUCAGUUUUUUCGGGGGUCCUGAUUGUAGAAAACACAGAUUUCCUCCUUUUCACCUCACGUGUCACUUCUAUCACCUUAUCACAAGAGAGAGGAGUUGUAGAGGUUUCAAUCCCUAACAACGUACAUCCCACCAACCCCUCACUCACUCACUCACUGUUGUCAAAACGUUAUUUAGAAAAUAAUCUCCCUGACCCACAAUUUCAAUGAAAGUAAAAACAUGCAAAACCUUCUGAUAAUGAUUCUCACCACCGUCACUUUCCCCCACCCCAGAUGGUGUGUAUGUUGUUUUGGAUUGACUCCCUGCAAACGUUCCCUUGAUAAAUAAAAUGGAGUGCUCCGACUAGUAUUUUUGAAGAGACAAAAACCAAACGAGCGGUGAGAGAGCUCGACCUCGUCGCGCGCACAAUCACUGGGAACUGAUUGUAGCGUACGAAUGUUCAAAAGUGUUCUUAGCCAACAGGUGAAUGGUUUUCUUUUCUACGCAGGAUAAGUGGUGUUGUGCUUUUCCCACAGUUUUUCUUCCCCUAGUCUUUCUUUCCUUUCUGCAGGUCUUGAAAUUUACCCAUAAUGCUCAGCCACAUAAGCUAAAUGAUUGUUGUAUGGGUCACGGUGUUAUCAGGUGAAGACAGUAAUCACUCAGUAUCCCAACAGUAUCAUGAUCGGCCAUCGCAAGCUUCUCUGGUCUCGUGCUUCUUGACUUCCCACACGACUCCACCACAUUGGGGAAGCAAAAAAAAAAAAGAAAUGCCUGCGACGUGCUGGUACUUGACUCUCACUCCCUCAGUGUCGGUGUAUCACAUCUGCUUCGCCUCGAGCACGCAUAGCGCCAUUGCUUUCGGGUGUCACAAAGGGAUGUAUACACACACACACACACACACACACACCGCAUUGAACAGCAUCAUAUGCCGUAUUGAAAAUUGCCAAAUGCUGCCUUAUUGUUUUUGCUUUGUUUUGAAAUUCAUAAAAAAUAAAAAUCCAGCACUUCAUUUCACUCAUCGGGGGCUUGGGGCAGGUUCUGAAAACGAAAAGCCAUCUGUUCACUUCAAGUUUUUCUUCCUCUUAACUUCUUCUGAUGCUUUGUUGUGAUAUUGUUUAGAUCACUGCACAAAAAUAAAUUGUAUGCAUACCGGUAGAACACGAGCUGGACGGUGAUUUUCCUGUGACAUGCCAAAAAAAAAGAAAGAAAAAAAAGCCUUGAAUCUUAAUCUAUGGAGCAGAUUGUUACACCAUUAAGUAUUCUGAUUAUGACGCCACCUUUAACAGCGUUUUGUGGAUGUUCUUGCACUACUCAAUCGUCAGAACGUGACUCUACUGUACCUGUGUCUGUCCGAUGUCGGUAUAGUUAGGAUCUACUUUACACCGUACUGCACUUUCUAAUCGCUCUGUGAUUUCUCAGCACUUGGCCUUCCUUCACACCACGACUAUGACUAGCCAGUGAGCUUGAAGCAUCAACGAAAUCAUCCAUGAACCGUCUCGUCGCCAUCUCAGCUCUUGCAAGUGCAUAGAUGGCUGCAGUGACACAUUGAUGUGACUCGGCACUUAUGGGGCGCGAUCCUCUUCCAUGUCUUCCAUUUUGAAAGGUUUUGGGGUUUUUUUAAUUUAAAGUUUGAGCUGAUUGUGUUUUGUCCUUUAUUGUGUAGCCAGAGGAAUGUGCGUGAGCUAGUAUGUAAGAUUGGAAAGUUUACAACUCGUGAUGCAAAUUCUGUUUCACAAAAAUUUUGUAUAUUUAAUAAAGAAUAUUUUGUGUUUCUUGCUCA